CCAACUUGCACCAAUUAUAAGUAGUCGACUGUUGUUUACGUUUGGCCCUCUUUACCUGAUAUUUUUACUGCAGUAGCUUUUGAAAGACUUUAUUUCGAAAAUUUUUCGAUAAAAUGAAUGUGCCUGCUUUUCCGUCUUUAAAACCACGAAUUUCAGAACAUCAUUGGUUUUCCGUUGAUAGGCCAUGUGAUGAUGAAUUGGAAUUAACACAAAUGGAAAGAGAGCAUCAAAAUUGGCUGACUUCAAUAGCAGAAAAGGAUAAGGAUAUGGUUCCCAUUGGUAAAACGGCAUCAGAGCAUUUUGAUGAAGAUGAAGAGGAUGAAGAAGAUGAUGAUAAUGAUGACGAUGAGAGUGAAAGCAAUGAAGAGGAUGAUGAAGAACUUGAUGCAGAGAUGAAUUACGAUCAAGAUACUGAAAUGUUUCAUUGAAGAUGAUGAGAGCUGAAGAGGGUCAAAAUGCAAGUUUUACAUUUUAUUAUUAUAAGAUAGACCCUUCAUUUUGAACUUACAUUUAUUUAUUGUGUAUAAAUCAUAUUUCCUUUUAUUGUAAGUCUACCAUUCACACAUUCCGUUAAAUUAUAUUAAAUUAAAAACACUAACAAUAAAGAUUUUUAUGGAUUA